UUUGAGAAGGAAAAACCUGAAGAUGGCAUGCAAAGGAAGGAACACGGACUGCAUGUCACGCAGUGUACUGAACUGGGAGCAGGUCAGCCGUCUGCAUGAGGUUCUUACAGAGGUGGUUCCGAUCCAUGGACGAGGUAACUUCCCAACGCUGAAGAUAACCCUGAAGGACAUUGUUCAGACUGUUCGGAGUAGGCUGAGCGAAGCGGGCAUUGUGGUACACGAUGUCCGUCUGAAUGGUUCUGCAGCUGGUCAUGUCCUGGUCAAGGAUAAUGGGCUGGGAUGCAAAGACCUGGAUCUCAUUUUCCAAGUUUCUCUUCCAAGCGAGGCAGAGUUUCAGUUAGUUCGAGAUGUGGUGUUGCGAUCCCUCUUGAAUUUCUUGCCAGAAGGCGUCAGCAAGCUAAAAAUCAGCCCAGUAACACUGAAGGAAGCCUACAUCCAGAAGCUAGUCAAAGUGUACACGGAGUCUGACCGCUGGAGCUUGAUAUCCCUUUCCAACAAACACGGCAGGAAUGUGGAGCUGAAGUUUGUAGACUGUAUAAAGCGACAGUUUGAGUUCAGUGUGGACUCCUUCCAAAUCAUACUGGACUCCCUGCUCUUUUACUAUGACUACUCGGAAACCCCCAUGUCGGAGCACUUCCAUCCAACUGUGAUUGGGGAGAGCAUGUAUGGAGACUUCGAAGCAGCUUUUGAUCACCUCCAGAACAAGCUGAUCGCUACCAAAAAUCCUGAAGAGAUCCGAGGUGGUGGGCUUCUGAAGUAUAGUAACCUCUUAGUACGAGACUUCAGGCCCAUGGAUAAGGAUGAGAUCAAAACGUUAGAGCGCUACAUGUGCUCCCGAUUCUUCAUAGACUUCCCAGACAUCCUGGAUCAGCAGCGCAAGCUAGAGACCUACCUCCAGAACCACUUCUCCAAAGAAGAAAGGAGCAAAUAUGACUACCUCAUGAUUCUGCGCCGGGUGGUGAAUGAGAGCACGGUCUGUCUCAUGGGACACGAGCGAAGGCAAACUCUCAACCUGAUUUCUCUGCUAGCACUCAAAGUAUUGGCAGAACAAAACAUCAUCCCUAACGCCACUAACGUUACCUGUUACUACCAGCCAGCAGCAUAUGUUAGCGAUGUAAACUUCAGCAACUACUACCUUGCAAAUGCUCCUGUGCCGUACAGCCAGUCCUACCCCACUUGGUUGCCCUGCAACUGAUUGUUUCACUUGAAU